GGGGGCGACGAACGAGCCAAGAAGAAGGGGGAGAAGAUGGCGUCGUCGUCGUAUAUUACGGUGCAGCUGAAGAAGGCCUCCGAGGUGGACUUGGCCAAGCCGCUCUGCAAGUUCAUCCAGCAGACUUACCCGGGCGGGGAGUCUCAGGCGGAGCACUGCCGCGCCGCCGAGGAGCUCAACAAGCUGCGCAAGAGCGCGCUGGGGCGCUCGCUCGACAAGCACGAGAGCUCGCUCGAGACCCUCCUGAGAUACUAUGAUCAGCUGUGUUCCAUAGAACCAAAAUUCCCAUUUUCUGAAAAUCAGAUCUGUGUAACCUUUACCUGGAAAGACGCUUUUGACAAAGGAUCACUCUUUGGAGGAUCUGUCAAGCUUGCUUUGGCAAGUUUGGGUUAUGAGAAAACUUGUGUGUUGUUCAAUUGUGGAGCAUUGGCUAGCCAGAUAGCAUCAGAGCAGAAUGUUGACAGUGAUGAAGGAUUGAAAGCCGCUGCCAAACAUUAUCAGUUUGCUAGUGGCGCCUUCCAACACAUUAAAGAUACCGUCCUGUCCUCAUUAAACCGUGAACCUACAGUGGACAUCUCUCCAGAUACAGUUGGCACACUAAGUCUUAUCAUGCUGGCCCAAGCUCAAGAAGUCUUUUUUCUAAAAGCUACCAGAGAUAAAAUGAAAGAUGCCAUCAUAGCUAAACUUGCAAAUCAAGCUGCUGAUUACUAUGGCGAUGCAUUCAAGCAGUGUCAGUACAAGGAUACCUUACCCAAGUAUUUUUAUUUCCAGGAGGUGUUUCCAGUUCUGGCUGCAAAACACUGCAUAAUGCAGGCCAAUGCAGAGUACCAUCAGUCUCUAUUGGUAAAGCAACAAAAGAAAUUUGGUGAAGAAAUUGCAAGAUUGCAACAUGCUGCCGAUCUAGUAAAAACAGUGGCCUCUCGCUAUGAUGAAUAUAUAAAUGUAAAAGACUUGGCUGACAAAAUCAGCCGUGCACUUACAGCUGCUAAGAAGGACAAUGACUUCAUCUAUCAUGACAGGAUUCCUGAUCUUAAAGAUCUAGAGCCUAUUGGGAAAGCCAGUCUUGUGAAAGCUACUCCAGUUGUUGUCCCUCUGAGUCAGAAAUUUACUGAUUUGUUCGAGAAGAUGGUUCCUCUAGCAGUGCAGCAAGCUCUUACCCUCUAUAACCAAAGGAAGGCAGAUUUGGUUAACAGAUCAAUAGCCCAGAUGAGAGAGGCCACCAAUCUGGCAAAUGGGGUGCUGGCUUCCCUCAAUCUUCCUGCUGCUAUUGAAGAUGUUUCUGGGGACAGUGUUCCACAGUCCAUUCUGCAGAAGUCUAAGUCUGUGAUCGAACAGGGAGGCAUCCAAACAAUUGAUCAGUUGAUGAAAGAUCUUCCUGAACUGCUACAGAGAAAUAGAGAGAUUCUGGAUGAGUCGCUAAGGAUAUUGGAUGAAGAAGAAGCAACAGACAAUGAACUGAAAAGCAAGUUCAAGGAACGGUGGCAAAGAACACCAUCGAAUGACCUUUACAAGCCUUUGAGGACAGAGGGAGCCAAUUACAGUAAUAUCUUGGAUAAAGCUGUGCAAGCUGACAAACAAGUUAAGGAACGUUAUCAGACUCAUCGAGAUACUAUUUCACUGUUAUGUAAACCAGAACCAGAACUGAAUGCAGCAAUUCCUUCAGCAAAUCCAGCAAAAACUAUGCAGGGGACUGAGGUGGUUAAUGUCCUGAAAUCCUUGCUAGCUAGUCUGGAUGAAGUGAAAAAGCAGAGAGAGCAACUUGAGAAUGAUCUCAAAUCAAUAAACUUUGACAUGACAACGAAAUUCCUAACAGCACUUGCACAAGAUGGUGCUCUAAAUGAAGAAGCCAUUUCUGUCACGGAGUUGGAUCGCCUUUAUGGUAGUCUCACCCAUAAAGUACAGGAGACCCUGAAAAAACAGGAGGAACUGCUCAACAGUAUUCAGAAUUCACAUCAGGAAUUUUCUAAGAUGAAGCAAUCAAAUAAUGAAUCCAAUUUAAGAGAAGAAGUUUUAAAGAACUUAGCUGUAGCCAAUGACAACUUUGUGGAACUUGUGGGCAACCUGAAAGAAGGCACAAAGUUUUACAAUGAAUUGACCGAACUCCUUCUGAAGUUUCAGAACAAAUGUAGUGACAUUGUGUUUGCACGUAAGACAGAGAGAGAUGAACUUCUGAAGGAUUUGCAACAAAGUAUUGCCAGAGAACCCAGUGCUCCUUCUUUUCCUUCUGUGCCUGCAUAUCAAACAGCUCCCCCUGGAGGAAACAAACCUCCUGCAUCAUCUGCUCCAACUCCAGCCCCUAGAAGUUCUAUUGUGGCUAGUAAACCACAGCCACCAGCACGCCCUCCGCCACCAGUGAUUGCUACAGCAAAUACGCUUACUACUCCUGUACCAGCAGCCACUGGGACACCAGCUUCUCCAGCUGGCUCUGCAGCAAGCACAGCACCUUCACAGGCUCAGGGGCCACCCUAUCCGACAUAUCCAGGCUUCCCUGGGUAUUGCCAGAUGCCUUUGCCAAUGGGCUACAAUCCUUACAUGUAUGGCCAAUACAAUUUGCCAUACACACCUUCACCUAUGUACCAAACUCCUGGACAAGCACCAUAUCCAGGACCUCAGCAGCCUGGAUACCCUUAUCCACAGCAGCCUGGAUACCCUUAUCCACAGCAAUAACAUAUCUAUAAAGAAGCACUGCUUGUUAUUAAUAAGAAAAACUUGCAAUAAGCAUACUAAAUCUUUAGUUCCAGAUAGUGUACCUCGCUGUAUUGAAAAAGGCCUGUAACUUCUUUCUCUGAUUAAAUACUCCAAAAGUUCUAUGCUCCCAGCUGAAUUCUGACUGCAUUAGACCUCUUGAGAAGGUGGCAGGCUGCUGCAAUACUAUAUGGACAGAAUUAGAUAACAACAAAAUUCAACUGUAUGUAAACUAUUCUUAAACUCAAACAGAAUGUUUCUUUACAAAAGUAAUUUCUUAUAAAUAGAUACUGGGGAAUUGAGAUGAAAAGCAAAGUGGUACAACCACUGGGUCUGAUGUGGUCUACCGGACUAAAUAGGAUUUUCCUCUAUAUUAUGUUGGUUUGUAUUUUGGGUUUAAGUUUAGCUACCAGUAUGUUUAAUCAAUGCAUUGUAAAUCAUAAGUGCAAAUAAAGGGCAUAGGACGGUUUGAAAAUGUUAGCACUAGAUAUUUUUUUAUUACCUUAUUGUAUGUUUUUGAAGUUUGGGCACGUUCUUUGGUGAAGCUGAGGUUUCUGCUAAAUGGGCAAGGUUGGUUGUAUUUAAGUACCUGUAAUAUAAAAACAAUACCAUAAAUCAAGAUGUUAGUCCAGAAUAAGAGAAAAAUAAAUCAACAUAUUUUUAUUGAA